GCUUGACCUUGACCUGUUGUUCUUGUUAUCACUCACUUAUCAGAUCUAAGUUCGAAGUCCAGGUUUCCGUAACGUGUGCCGUUCUACAACACUUGUUGAAUUUGUCUAAUCUCUUCAUCGGGUGUGGUGUACCCCCGUGACUUUUAUUUUUGCUUCAGUGGAAGAUCAUUCCUAUCAUCAGGCCUUUCCUUGAUUCUGCCUAAAUCGAUUAUGUUUAGCCUUGAUUUUAUUUUUUGCGAUUCGCUUGAACUAAACUAAGGCCUCCAGGAUCUUGUUGCUUAUCGCAGGCAUCUCUUCAAUAACAUUCUGAUUCUCCCCAAGUUUAUCAAAAAAGUGACUGUGGACCAAGAUAAGGAACUUGCGAGAAAUAUCCAGGGGAAACACGGCGUGAAACAGGACUGCAAGAAUCCUAAACAAAGUCCAUCGCUCAAUCAAGAGAUCUCUCCUAACCUAACCAACAACCAGCAAUCAAAGGGAUGACAGAUAAGAUACACGAUAAAUCAAGGCAAAUUUGAAACAAGGACUUAGAUUGGAUCCCGAUGAGAAUUGUUCAACUGAGACAUAGUAUCGAAAAGGAGUUGCAAGGAGUCAAAAAAAUUCACCAGAUUUCUCAACUCAACUAACAACUAGUGAAAGAGACAAAAAUUAAAAAGUAUGCGGAGUAAUUCAAGUGACAGAACCCUUUUUUUCUUGAACGCCAACAGAAUAAGAUUGGAAACUGGCGAAAAAUAUUCAGCUGAGAAGUAGUGUCGAAAAGGAAUUGCAAGGAACCCAUAAAAUUCAUUUUUCUCAACGCAACAGACAGCCAGCCAACGAACAGCUAAAGAGAUAAAUAUUAAGAAAGAUGUUUAGUAAUUUGAGGCAGAUUUGAAAGAAGGUAUGCUUUGUAUCCCUAUUUAUGAAAAACAGAAGGCACAUAAACUGUAUUAAGCCCUCCAAAUUUUUACACAAAGUAUAUUCCUAAUUAUUUAAACACCAAAAAUAACUGUUUCUGAAUAAGUUUCAUGAGCAGUCAUUUAUAUUGUGUCAAUUUUAUCUUUUACAGAGGAGAGGCUUCGAUUAUUUUCACGCAUCCAACAAUAUUUUCUGUUCAUUACAUAGCGAACAAGUAAAAAUAGUGAAAAAAAGAAAACUCCAUCAAGGGAUCUGCUUUUUAUUAUUGAAUCAUGGCAUAUAUUUCUCGAGAAAAUAUUCCACUCUAUUUGAGGGAGUAUUUGAGUAUUCAUAACCAGAAGGAUUCUAGUAUUUUGAUAAAGUGCCAAGAUGAAUCUGACGAUAGCCAAAACAUGAGCAAUGCCAUGAUGCACACUGACACCUUGCCUAAACGUCAUACAUGUUGGAUAAUUCUGGGUUCGCUGCCACUUCUUGUGCCAAUAGCAGUGUUUGCUCUGCCAGCCUACCGUGCUACUCAAGCCUGGCUUGAGGCUGGGCAGUGGUGGUGGCUGGCCAUCUACGGGACAGCAAGCCUGAUUUCGAUAGUCCUGUACGGUUAUGACAAGCUUGUGGCCGGAAGCAACAUGGGCCGAAUUCCUGAAAUCUGGCUACAUGGCCUAGCCUUAGCAGGAGGCUGGCCAGGAGCGCUGUUGGCCCAACAUCUGUUUCGCCACAAGAUCCGCAAAGUGCCUUUCCAGAUUGUUUUCUGGCCAAUCAUUGCGCUGCAUCAGGUGUUUUGGUGGUUUUGCACCCCUGAUGUACUGGUCUACUACCAGCACGAAAUCACUGUCGCUCUGUUAAAAACUUGGGAGGAUAUUUCACAACGACUGGCGCCUUAUUUGCAUGAGAUUUCCGCCACCCUUUCCAAAAUUUGGGAGAGAACUUCACAACUACUGGCGCCUUACUUGCAUGAGAUUUCUGCCACUCUUUCCAAAAUUUGGGAGAGUAUUUCACAACUACUAACGCCAUACCUGCAUAAGAUCUCUCUCACAUUGUCACAAAUCUGGCAGAGCACAUCUCAAUUUGUCUCUGAUCUCAUAACUAUGAAUAGGACCGAGGGAAAUUGAGUCUGAUGGAAACAUCAGUCCAUUUAAUUUAGACACGCUAUGAUGGCAAAAAUCAAAUUAUGGUAGAUCGAAGCAAAAGAUAGAGCUUUACAAGGAUUCUAUAUUUUUAUUUUUCAAUUUUUGGAGUUAUCAUUUUUUUCUAUAGGUACUUUUUUCUUUUUUAUCGAUCUACUUUUUUCUUUUUUAUCUUCUUCUUUUUUAAUUUGUGGUAGAUUUUAUUCUCAUAUAAUCACGCAACUUAAGAUACUCAUCAGUGAAAUUAGGUCUGUAAAUUUUCGUCCAUGUAAGCGUCAAUAGGGAUUUUGUCGGCAGUCUACUACAACGUAGCUGUAGUUCAGUCAUAGUUAUUAGAAGAGAAGCACAAAUACGUCUUCUAAAGACAUGGGGGAAGAACAAGAACAGGUAUUCGAAAAAUUGAGCAGCUGGAUUCCUGAUCUUAUAGUAAAUUAUAUUUUAUUCCUACCAUUAAUUAAUUUUUAGCAUAUUGUUUUGGAAACCAAAUUGUGGUUAAUGCAUGCCAUGGCAACCUCACAAUGUGCACAUUAUUUUCCUUUGUUUAGUGUGUAAGUUAAUGAGCCUCUGAGAUUAUAAUUUUUACACAGAUGCAUUUACAUCACAUAGAUACAUCUUAUGAUCUCUGAUACUCACUGUUAAACGCACACUGUGUCAACUUUUAGUGAAAGUCUCAUGAUGUAUUAAUUUUUAAAUCGCAGCGUCAAGUCAGCGUAUAUGCUUUGACGUAAGCACUCAGUAUUUUCAUUUUUCAUUCGCCAAUGUUUUUCUUAGUCAGCAAGAUAUAUUUACUCAGACAAUUGAUAAAAUCAUAUCGCUCCAAUCAAGACUUGCAUCACAAGUCCCGUAAUUUCUGUUCAGUUUUUAUUCUAAUCAUUAGAUCAAUAUACCUAGUUCUUUAUCUUUAGUAGAGACAUUCCAUAGUCCGUGCAAAUGGAAAGUAUACUUAUUUUUGAAAAUAUUUUUUUAUGACACAAGUGCAUCAAUAAAAUAGUUUUUCAUCAUUGAAGUGAGUUUCGAAAAGUAGUUUCAUUGCAACUAAAGUUCCCUCACCCUUUUAAAUGACCGACUGAGAAUGAACAAUGAGAGAUAAUAGGGAGACAUAAAUGAAACCAUCUCUUGCAGGACCUUAUCUGGAUGCAUUUUUGCUGAAAAAAACCUACGUGAAAAUGAGUUAAAUCAAAACGAUCUUUGUUUAGUAGAUUUACGUGUUUUAAAGUUCCUUUUUAUCUAGUGUGUUUACAGUUAUUUUUACCAUUAACACGCCCAUUUUUUAUUAUUGAGUCGGAAAGCCUCUUCUUAUAAAUCGAUGGUCUUCAAACAAACCUCCAUUCCAUUUUAUCAUUCUAUCAUUCC